AUGUCCGCGAGUCAGGAGGACUACCGGCUGCAAGUGGAACCAACAGAGGGAGAUGACCAGCCUCUCAUCGAUAAGGACCCUUACCUCCAGGAAGAGCCUGAGCUAGGCUGCUUCGAGUGCAAGCUGUGCCUCACACAGCACAGGACAGAGGAGGAGUACCUGCAGCACCGAGAGAGCGAACGACAUCAGAGGAACCACCACAGGAAGGUGGACAGCGAGAAGAUGGACAUGCCCGUAUCUGCCAACGUGAUGGCGACGCUCAUGAAGCUGGGCGGCGCCCUUGUAUAG